AAGAAGGAAAGGUCUGAACAGAGGUUUUUGAUUAGCUCUCUCUCCUGCGAUUCCAACUACACAAACAAAAGUCGCGAUUUCCGUUCUCUUGGUUCCCUUUCUGCAACUCGUUCGGAAAACGGUGCGUUGCUAUGGACCCAUCUAUAGUAAAGCUUCUCGAAGACGAUGAGGAUGAAACUAUGCAUUCCGGUGCAGAUGUCGAAGCCUUCCAAGCAGCAUUGAAUCGAGACAUUGGCGGAGAUGCUUCUAAUUCUCACCUUUCUGAUUCUGAUGCAGGAAGCAAUAAUUCAUUCAGUCAAUCAUUACCAACGUGGCCAACUUCGAGCCACGACAACCAGACUGACUCUCAAAAUCAGGAGCCUAAAAUUGAACAACAGCAAGAGCAACCUUCUUCUGAAACGGAGCAAGGACCUAUCGUGGAACCGAUACAGAAUGUUGCCUCACAGGAUGCAAGUAAUCUUAAUUUAUCACACAGCCAAUCACAAGACGAAUCUCUACAACGCCAGACUUUACCUGUUUCUCAUCAACAAUCUCAAACAAAUGAAGUUAUCAAAUCUGAAAAAGAACCUGUUUUUAACAACGAGGCAAUCAAAACAAAUAAUCCCAAUGAACAAUCUCAGUAUGCAAAGCUGCAGCAGAUGAGUAAUCAACAGGCCUCGGUCAACGAACAACCUAUUAGCCAAGUCAAUCGUAGUAAACAGGUACCAUUUGGCUUGUUGCUCCCUAUAUUGAUUCCCCAACUUCCCAAGGACAGGGCAAUGCAACUUCAAACUUUAUUUAACAAAUUGAAGAGAGAUGAAAUACCUAAAGAACAUUUUGUACGGCUUAUGAAAGGGAUUGUGGGGGAUCAGAUGCUUAGGAUAGCAUUAACAAAAGUGCAACAACAGACAAAAACCAAUACAGGUUCUUCUGGACAGCAGCCCCCUGUAAGGAUGCCAACUGUUACUUCCAGUGGAACAAAAUUUAACGAUCCCCAUGCAUUAGCACAACUGCAUCAGAGAAGUAUGAAUGCUGCUGCAGACCAUUCUCAUAAUGCUUCUUCAGCUAUCCAAGUGAAGAGUGAGCCAACCUAUUCAACUAUGGACAUCAGUGCUAAAAAACCUCAGGAACAUGAUGUUCGAGUAGUGCAAUCAAAUCAAUUACCAACAUCCAGUUCUAUUGCUGUUAGUCAAGAAACUGAAAGAUCUGCCGUUCACAUGCAAGGCCUAAAUAAGCAGCAACAACAGCAUAUACAUUUCCCAUCGACAUAUGGAGGCAGUGGUGGUAACUACAGCCAUUUUUCCGGGACAACCACUAGUUCAUCAUCAUCUUUCAGACCACAACCUCAUCCUCAUGAUUCACACAUAAGGCAAAUUCCACAUCCGAGCAUUGGUCUAAAUCACUUAGGUGCAGAACGUCAGAGUUCUUUCAAUGAUCCUAAGAGAAUGCCAGGUGGAUCUGUGUCGACUGUGGUAAAUAAUACAUCAUCACACCAAACUUCAAAUUCUUGGCAAACAUCAGCAGAACAAAAUUCAGGCUUGUUUUCAUCUACUUCAUAUGUAAAAAAGGAACCUAAUGACCUUUCUAUUGAGCAGCAACAUAGGCAUCAUUUAUCUAAGUUGCAUGGGUUGCCUUCUGUUAAUUCUGGUCAAAAUGAACAGGGUAGUGGUAUCAAUCAAGGCACUGUAAAGGACGAGUUUUCAAGAGGUUCUUUAGCAUCCACUAGCAUGGCGCAUACAACAUCUGCUAGCUUGCUUGCGCCAAAUACUGCUUCCCAUUUUGCAUCUCAACCAGAUCCAACUGUCUCUGUUAGCUCUCAGAUCCCAGCUAGCACUUCUGGUGUCAUGUCAAAGACACCACUAAAAAAACCUCCUCUUGGCCAGAAGAAACCACUUGAGGCACUUGGUUCUUCACCUCCUCCUCCAAGUAAGAAACAAAAGGUGUCUUCUCUGGAACCAAGCAUUGAUCAGCUUAAUGAUGUUACGGCUGUUAGUGGUGUUGAUCUUAGGGAGGAGGAAGAACAGUUAUUUUCUGGGCCCAAGGAUGACAGUCGAGUUUCAGAAGCAUCUCGAAGAGUUGUCCAAGAAGAGGAGGAAAGUCUGAUUUUACUGAAAGCUCCAUUGCAGAGAAAAUUGAUUGAGAUUAUGACCGAGUGUGGCUUGAAAGGCAUGGGUAAUGAUGUGGAAAGAUGCUUGUCACUGUGUGUGGAGGAAAGAAUGCGUGGAGUAAUAAGUAACAUAAUUAGAAUGUCAAAACAGCGGGUUGAUAUUGAGAAAACAAGACAUCGGACUGUUGUCACUUCAGAUGUUCGACAGCAAAUCAUGACAAUGAAUAGGAAAGCAAGGGAAGAGUGGGAGAAAAAACAGGCCGAAACAGAAAAGCUCCGGAAACUAAAUGAUGUAGAGGGUAGUUCCGGAGUUGAUGGUGACAAGGAGAAAGAUGAGGGUCGUAAUAAAGCAACAAAGGUAAACAGGGAAGUAGAUGACAAAAUGAGGACAAAUGCUGCAAAUGUGGCAGCCCGAGCUGCUGUUGGGGGAGAUGACAUGCUGUCAAAGUGGCAAUUGAUGGCUGAGCAAGCCAGGCAGAAGCGUGAAGGGGGGACGGACACUGCAUCUGGUUCUCAGCAAACUAAAGAUAUCAGUCGCAAAUCUUCACCAUCAUCAGGAAGGAGCACAAAAGAUAAUCAAGAAAGGGAGAGAAAAGGUCCAACUUCGCUUGGGAACUCAGCGGCUAGGAAAUUUGGGAAAAAUCAUUCUCAUGGAUCUCAAACUCGCAUAGCUCGUAGCAUCUCUGUGAAGGAUGUAAUUGCAGUCUUGGAGAGGGAACCUCAGAUGUCCAAAUCAUCACUCUUGUAUCGAAUGCAUGAGAGGAUUCAUUCUGAUACUUCAACCGAAUGAGAUAACAUAUCGGGAUGGUGAUAUGCAUCAGGGCGUGUGUAAAAAGCUUCGACUCAUUCAGUGAAAGAAGACCUGAAAUUAUUUGUUUUCUUUUUAUGCUCCAAAAACUGCAGCAUGUAACAAUUGAACAUUGAUGUUAUUGCAGGACCUGCUUUUCUGACUUUUAUCUUGUAGUAAUGAAGAACCGAUUUCAAACUUUACUGUGUUUUGCCAUGAUGGACUCACUUUCUUGACCUUUUUCUUGUAGUAAUGCAGGACCUGCAUUCAAACUUAGAAAUGUGAAAUUGUCACUCACACAACUGUAUUCCAUAUUAAACCAAAAAAAUGUUUGUUUAGCAUUUGUUUUGGAUGUCUGAAGAAAAUGUUUACGUUAUUUUGCAAGACAUAGAUUGGAGACAUUUGUAAAAAAAUACUAUAGAAAUUGUAUUGAUGAUUACAUUAAGGGUUACAAUCA